AACCUCGCUCAUCCCCCACUCACCCGUCACGCCAGACCUUCCAGUCUCAUCAAUUGACCCCCGCAAGACGGUUCAGGAUGGGUCUCACCGAUUUUUUUUCCGAUGUUAUCUCCUCCCUAGGCUUCCCCGAGGCCUACGCUGAGGCUCCUGCCGAGACCACUGAGGAGUCCAGCGCCCCCGAGGAGGUGAAGGACGACGCGUCCGCCGAGGAGAGCACCGAGAAGAGCGAGGAUUCUGCCGCUGAGGACACCCCCGAGGAGAGUUCCGAGGAGGAGGAGAAGGGUGAGGAGCCCGAGGCUGAGGCCGAAGAGGAAGAAGAGGAGGAAGAGGAAGAGGAGGAGGAGGAGCCCGAGGACGUCAAGCCUAAGCUGGAAGAGGAAUGUGCCAACUCCCCUCAGUGCGCUCCUUACAAGCACCACUACGACGAGUGCGUUGAGCGCGUGACCGCGCAGCAGGAGGACGCGGACUACAAGGGUCCCAAGGAAGACUGCGUCGAGGAAUUCUUCCACCUCGCCCACUGUGCCACCCAGUGCGCUGCCCCCAAGCUCUGGAAGGCCCUCAAAUAGAGGAGAUGAUGCUAAAAUAAUUCCCGAUUCUUGGUUUACUGCCGGAUCAAUGAGACCCCGCCAAGCAAGUCAACGACAUGAUUCGGAACGCUACGAAAGAAAACAAAAGCCAGCAGUCGUGUACUGCGCCUGAAUUGGGAUACUGCAUCACUUCUUUGUCGAAUUUACGCUUAGAGGAUUAAAGGAUGAUAUGAACUUGUCCUUCAAUGUAUUGUGUGUAUGUACAGAUAGCUGGUCUCCGCCUUUUUCAUAUCACCUUGUGUUUUAGAUGAAUGCUACUUUUCUCUAGACUUUACGUCUUCGGGUACUUGUCCUUAGCUUGAGACAGCUUGAAAUGAGCUGCAUAAAUUUCAGAUAUUUUGGUCUUGAUACAGACUUUAGGAACGGCCCUCAUUUAGGAGUCCGCCCAGUGACGCCGGCAUACAUUCCCCAUACCGCUAAACCAACGAAAUUUAUGCAACGCAGCACGAUUCGUGAAGGCGUCUGAAUUUGACUGGCUAAACUAAAUUGAGUGGAGAAGUGACACAAUCAUUUCGAACAGGCUAGGCAGGUACAGCAUACGUCGUUACCAUAUUCAAAGGACUUGACGAAAUGAGGGGGAAAUGCAAGAAGAUCGAACAUUGAGGUUAAGUGUUAUUAGUUCUUUCCCCACGGUAUCUUUAAGUUGAGACCGAACGUCGAUUUUCCGGACUC